GAUAUAAAAGAGCUGUUCACACCUUCUCGACACUGAUACAAAAUGUCUCGUUUAAUCGUCACUGUCUUCAUCGUGGUCCUGGCACAGGCCAUCUUUGCCAUCGAUUUUCCAAAACCUAAAGUUGUCACUUUGGAACUCACCGAGAAAGAUCUGAGACCGGCAACUUAUGCUGCUCCACGUGAGAAUUCAUUCAUCGGAGACCUCUUUAUCGGCGAACUCCGAGGCGACGAGCAAUUUUACGUCGGUGAAACUGAAUACGAGAAUGAUUCGACUUCGGUAUUGACGUUAGAAUUGACACUGAAUGUAAAUAGCGGUAAGAUUCCUCACUACACGCAUCUUUACUCUUGCAAACCAAGAGCACAGGUUUGAACUUGAAUUGACAGCUGACGUUUCACUUUGA